AUGGAUGGGUUCGGCGGCAUGACGUUUAAUAUUUCCGAGCGGCUCGAAGUUCCGGCCCACCUGGAGAAGGUGCUGGUGAACGAAACGGCUCAAAUAAAGUGUGACGUCUCCUCGAACCUCACCAACGACCGGAUCCUGCUGGUGGUGUGGUACAAGGACAAUGUACCGAUCUACAGCUUCGACACACGUGGACCACACGUGAACUCACCCUCACACUGGAAGGAUGUUGCCAUCCUGGAGGAUCGUGCCAACUUCAAGACGACACGAGAGCAGCGGCGAGCGAUGCUGGUCAUCAGUCCUGUGCAGAAAAAGGACGCCGGAAUCUUUCGAUGUCGUGUAGAUUUUUUGCUAUCUCCUACAAAAAAUAGUAAUGUAAACCUAGAAGUAGUGGUGCCACCGGAUGUACCGAAAAUCCAUAACGAGGCCGGAGUCGUGCUUCCAUCCCAUGCCGGACCGUACGAGGAGGGUGGCGAUCUGGUGCUGAUAUGCGUCGUAACUGGAGGAACUCCGACACCAAAGACUACCUGGUCCAGCAACGGCAAGACACUGCCGAGUGCCAUGGUCGACUUCGCGCACGAGUCGACGCUCAGCAGCCGGCUGGUGGUGCGGAACCUCUCCCGGACCCAUCAGCACAGCGUUUACAGCUGUCAGGCGAGCAACUUCUACCGCAAGAACGUCACCGCCAACGUCACGAUAGAGUUGCGAUUGCGACCUCUGGCGGUGGAAAUUGUCAACGGAACGGGGCCGCUGUCGGCGGACCGGCGCUACAUCGUGCAGUGUCAGUCGGUUGGCUCGCGGCCGCCCGCCAAGCUGACCUGGUGGAUGGGUGGCGAGCAGCUGAUGACAACCAAUCAGACGGCCACCGAGGACGGCAACGGCACCCUGUCGUCGCUCAGCUUCACGCCGACCCGCGAAGACCACGGCAAGACGCUCGUCUGCCGCGCCACCAACGAGCUGGUCAAGCGCGGGACCAAGGAGACCUCGACGAAAUUAAACGUCUUCUAUCUGCCUACGCUGAAGCUGGAGCUCGGUACCAACAUGAACCCGGAAGACAUCGAGGAGGGAGACGACGUAUACUUUGAAUGUAAAGUGAAUGCAAAUCCGUCGGCAUACAAAGUGGUCUGGAAGCAUAAUGAUCAGGUCGUGCAGCACAACUCCAAAUCGGGCGUCAUCAUGAGCAGCACCGCCCUGGCACUGCAAACGGUGACGCGGCACCAGGCCGGCAACUACACCUGCAUCGCCUCGAACGUCGAGGGCGACGGUGCGAGCAACACCGUACACCUGAAAGUGAUGUACAAACCCAUCUGCCGUCCAGAUCAGAAGCGAGUGUACGGCGUGGCGCGCAACGAGGCCGCCGAGAUCCUGUGCCAGGUCGAUGCCUAUCCCCCGCCCGAGUCAUUCAAGUGGUCCUUCAACAACACGGCCGAAACGAUCGAUAUGCCGCAGAGUGGGUACCGUGUCCACGCCGAGCAGGCGUCCUCGCUGACCUACACCCCGGUCAAGGAGCUGGACUACGGUACGAUCAUGUGCUGGGCGGACAACGUGGUCGGGCAGCAGAAGGAACCGUGCGUCUUUCAUCUGAUAGCCGCCGGCAAACCGGAGAUGCCGUACAACUGUUCCCUCGCCAACCAGACGUCCGACUCGCUCGAGGUCGACUGUGCCGAAGGAUUCGAUGGCGGUCAGCGGCAGUGGUUCGUGAUGGAGAUCUAUGACCAGCAGACGCACGCGCUGCUCGCGAACGUGUCCUCCAAAAUCCCGAUCUUCACGGUGAACGGGCUCGACGCGGGGCUGCUGCUGAAAAUCGUCAUCUACGCAACGAACAUGCGGGGCCGCAGCGAACCGAUCCUGCUGCAGGCGUACACGCUGAAGGCCGCCGAAAAGCAGACAGGGUCACACACGGAAUUCGAGCUAACGCCGAUCGUAUCGAUCGGAAUAUUUAUUGGCAUUUUAACGAUGAUAAUCUGCAUAAUAAUCGCGGUGGCGGCCGCCUUCAAGCUCCGGUCGACGCAGGCCAAGCAGCUGACCAGCAGCGGUGGGCCGAAGGGCCCCGGAGGGCUCGGCAAGCGGCCCGGUAAUCUGCCAAUUAAGGAGAAAAUCUCAUUACCGCUCAGCCAGUCGGAAGACAUGUACGACGAGAAGAACCCCGACGUGGUCCCGUCGAACGAGGAUCCCGAUUACAAAUUAAUAUCAGCAAAUCAGACUCCUACGGCGCUGCAUAAUUCAUUAUGCAACAGCAAGCAUGACAUUAUCGGCAGGACGAUAUUAGACGAUAGCCGGAAAACGUACCUAACCGGGGUAGCUAAUGAAGUGCACUACGCGGAACUAGCCCUGGCCAUCCCAGCGUCGCACGAUGAGAGCAGCAACAAAACGACGCACCUGAACAACCAUCUCAACAAACUGCCGCCACCGCCGGCGUACAACUACUUCGACGAGCCGACGAUCUACGCCCAGAUAGACCACGGGGGCUCCUUCAAGGGGGGAGCGCCGCCAGGGGCCGGAGCUGGCGUGCCCGGGGCGGCCAGCUCUUUCCCGCUGAUAUCGCCCGUCUCACAGCACUCGCAGUCGCACCACCAGCGCCAGCAUCUCAGCCAGUCCCCGCUGACGUUGCAGCUGCAGCAACCGGAUGCCACGCCACAGCACCACCACCAUCACAACCAACACCAGCAGCACACGCCCCACACGCCAACCACGGCGGCGCUGCUGCAGCUGCAGCAGCAACUUCAACCGGCGCCAGCGCCACUCCUGCAGUCGCCGUCACUGCAACCGCCCAGCCACAGCAACAGCAAGCAGUAUCUGCGGGAAAUCGUGACGGUCCGGACGCCGCUGGCCUUUUCGCAGCAGGAAAGCUGCGUCUAA